AUGUCUUCUAAGAAAGUAGAGAGGUCUUUAGAGGAGACGCCCACUUGGGCUGUUGCAGUGGUUUGCUUGGUUUUUGUCGCCAUUUCCAUUCUUAUUGAGCAUGGGAUUCAAUAUCUUGAAAAAGUGUUCAAGAAACGACAGAACAGAGGAAUGAUAGAAGCUUUAGAGAAGAUAAAGUCUGAGCUGAUGACAUUGGGAUUCAUAUCAUUGUUGUUGACUGUUGGGACGAGAUUCAUUCCAAACAUAUGCAUUCCUCAGAGUGUUGGACAUUUCAUGCUUCCUUGUGCCAAGAACCACAACAAAAAUGAUUCCAAAAGGAGAAAACUGCUUUCCGUGGCUCAAGAUCAAGUCUUUCGUAGAAUACUAGCCGACAAAGAAGAUGAUGGAACAGGGGAUGUGUGUGGAAAGGAUAAGGAGUCAUUGAUUUCGUACUAUGGGAUUCACCAGCUCCAUAUAUUUCUCUUCAUGCUUGCUAUUGUCCACAUUCUCUAUAGCAUUUCCAUUCUAGCUCUAUCGCAGGCAAAGGUCAAGAAAUGGAAGGCUUGGGAGAUCGAGACAUCCUCUUUAGAAUACGAGUUCACAAAUGAUCCUUCAAGAUUCAGAUUUACUCAUCAAACUUCAUUCAUCAAGCGCCAUGGCCGAUUCUCCACAAUUCCAGGGAUCAGAUGGAUUGUGGCAUUUUUCAGGAUGUUUUUUGGUUCCGUAACCAAAGUGGACUACAUGACCAUUCGACAUGGAUUUAUCAAUGCACAUUUUGCUCAAAAUACCAAAUUUGAUUUCCACAAAUAUGUGAAGAGAUCUAUGCAAGAUGACUUCAAGUAUUCCACUAUGGAUGUUUGCCAUCACAUUGCUGCUUCUGAAUGUAUACAAUUGGUACACGCUUACAUGGAUUGCCCUAGUUCCACUCGUGGUACUUGUAUUGGUUGGGACAAAAAUGGAGAUGGUGAUAAUGGAAAUGGCAGAGCAAAUACAAGAGAAGACGACAGUUAUCAGAGGAGUUCCGGUGGUGGAGCCAAGCAACAGUCUUUUUUGGUUCAACAGCCCUCACUGGAUCUUGAUCUUGAUCCAUUUCACCUCACUACAGAAUGCUUUCCAGAUUGCAUUGUUCUUAUGGAUAUGGGUGGGUGUCUUUUUCUUCUUCUUCUUUUUAUUAAGUUAAUAAUGCAGAGAGAGCUAAAAUAG